AUGACAGGGCAUAUCCUCGUUAUACAAAACGGCCCGCCGCAGGGACUGCAGGCGAACCGCCGCCACCACCUAGCAGCAGCGCCGCCGGGCCGAACACAGUCCUUCGAGAAAAGGGCCGGCGGUGCGAAAGUGGCGUACUAG